GAUCUUCGCUGUGUCAAACAUGGCGGACUUAACGACGUUGUAAAUAAUACAUCGGACGUUAAAGUUAAAAAACAGUAAAAAAUGUGUGUUUAGUGAGUCGGAAAUUGCCUCAGAUUACAUUCUGUAGGCUUCAAGCUUCUAAAUAUCCAAAAAAUUUUAGUUUAUGGUCACGGGUGUCUCAGCAAAAAGUCGCAAUCUGCACACAGCAUUUGAUGGUUUUGAUGUUUCGUCACCGAAAUAAGUUUCCAUCAACCCAGUGAAAAUUUUAACUUCCUCAUCUUUGUGUACAAAACAAACACUGCAAAUCAUGAGUGUGUUUUACAAGUUCGACCCUCGCCUCGAAUAUUCGAGAGCAUCAAAAUAGAAAAUCAUUGUUAGUACAUGGCAGCAAGGACUGACUUUUUGCCUCAUUUUUUGACUUUCCUCGAGCUCGCAUUCGAGAUUCAAAUAUUGUAGUGAACGGGGCGAUGAAGUGAAGAAGGAGGAUGAUGAUGGGCGAACAGUUUCGGAGCAAAGUGGAGCAAUACUCACCAAAGUCUUCACCGAGGGGUGCUCGCUCCCCUGUAGUUUCUCGUCAAGACUCGAGCGGGACACUCAAAACGACGAUUUCACUAGGAAAAAAUCCCUCGAUCGUCCACAGUGGGCCUUUCUAUUUAAUGAAAGAACCCCCUGCGGAGAGCGAACUCACGGGAGCUACGAAUUUGAUGGCUUAUUAUAGUCUCGAGCAUACCUAUAGUAAAUAUAGCGGUAAAAAGGUCAAGGAUCCACUUUCUACAUUCCUUCCAAAUUUACCCGGCAAUAUCAACACUCCCGGUCAUCAAGAUAACAGUUCGCUGCGAUCUAUAAUAGAUAAGCCUCCAAUUUGUGGAAAAGAACUGUUGCCCCUAACGAGUUUGCAGCUUUCUGGAUUUAGGCUUCAUACAGGGCCACUUCCGGAGCAGUACCGAUAUGUCAAUCAGUCACCUCAAAGAAAGCACAAAAAUAAGCACAAAAAGCACAAGCAUAAACCUGGGGAUGUUCCUGGUGGACAGGAAGCUGUGACCACCGACCUGGGGGGUUCCGACACACAUGAGAAGAAACACAAGAAGACAAAGAGGCAUGAUGAGGAGAAGGAGGCGAGAAAGAAGAGGAAGAAAGAGAAGAAAAGAAAAAAGCAGAAACAUAGUCCGGAGUAUCCUGGAGGACUGACGCCUUCUCAACAUUCGAACUCGUGAUCUCAGCUUUCAGUUUCUUUGCUAUCAAUGCGGGCGACGAUAUUUUAGGAUACGUAAGAAAACUUCGUUAGUAAAUUUCCUUUGAAUCUUUAACUUGGUUUGCGUUGGCUUUCGUGUCAAAGAAUCUUGUGCAGAAACUUUCCUUGUUUUUCUCGCAAGAUAUGCCGUUUCCAUUCCAUUAAAAUGUAUAAAAAAGAAAAUCUCGUUUUUUGUUCUGAUGAUAGUUCAAUUGGAAUCGGUGAUUUUAGUCGAAUUUAAAGCUGAAAAAAUGAAUUUUUAUUGCAUCAAUCAAGACUAAAUCAAAGAACGUGCAAGCAAUCAAGCAAGCAUACUGUAUUUGGUUGACUUUUUUCUUAUUUUUGUUUUUUUUUUCGGAUUCUUAUUAAACAGCGAGACACAACUCUCCAUUGUUUUGCAAGAUCCUUUAUUUUUAUACUAACCUCCGAGUUACGCUGUUUAAAUGACGUAACUUCUUAAAUGUGUUAUUUCACUUUUAAAUUUUCUGAAUUGGAAACUUUUGUUGUCAUUAUUAUCGAACGCUCAAAGUGAAAAGGUUUUUCUUUGUAGAAACUUUUUGUGGACGAGAAUGAUGCUUUUUCAUCUUGCGCCACCUCUUGCAAUCGUUCUCGUGAAAGUAUCUUAAUUUGUACCGUAUAGCAUAAUUUCAGUUGUAAACAUUUUGUAAUUAUUUUUCUCGAUUACGUGGAUCCUCGAAAAUCCAGUGGGGUCCAUAUUAGUGCAAAUACAAAAGUAUUUAUAUGUGAUCAGUAAAUGGCAUGCAGCCAUCGUAAUCAUUUGCCAACAGGACAUUGUCAUGUUACUUGUAGUAUUUAUAUGGCAGACAUGUGAAUAAACAUAGUUUAAUAGAAUUUAA